UGGAUGUUGACACAAUAUGUAUCACAACAUCGUGUUAUUAUAACGCUAUUUAGUUCCAAAUGUGCUCGUUAAUGCUGCACCACAGCGACCCCUGGUGGCUUAGCGGGGAGCCGGGGAGCAGCAGGAGGCUGUCUGUUGUUAGCUUUUGUUUGUAGCCACUUAAGUUUCCAUCUACAGCUGGUCGCGGCUGCUCCUCUCAGUCUUGGCUCAAAACAUACAGGUUGCAGACAUGCCAAGUCUAAAGCUGAUCUCUGCGACGGACACACAGUACUCAGCGACUGUGCUCAAGUCCAUGAACGAGCAGAGAAAUCAUGGAUUGUUCUGUGACAUCACCAUCAUCAUCCAGGACAAGAAAUUCAGGGCCCACAAAACCAUCCUGUCUGCCUCGAGCACGUACUUCCACCAGCUCUUCACUGUAGCCGGACAGGUGAUCGAGUUAAACUUCAUCAGGGCGGAAAUCUUUGAGGAGAUUCUCAAUUACGUGUACAGCUCCAAGAUCGUCCGGGUGCGCUCUGACAUGCUGGAGGAGCUCAUAAAUGCUGGAAAGAUACUGGGAGUGAAGUUUAUCGCAAACUUGGGGUCUCCAUUGUCGCACGUGAAGGGGCUGCCUGGUUUGUCCAAAGAGCCAGAGAACAAAAAUGAGACGCCCGCCGAGGUGAUGCCGAUCAUCACGGAGUCCUUCUCGAUAUCGGCAGAGGAAUUCAAUCAGACGAGCAAAGCUGCGGAAAACGACGAGGACUCGGACGGCGACGUUAUGUUUGUCUCGCAGACGAAGGCUCAGGCAGCCGACUCCGGUGAGAUAAUUGACGUGGAAAAAGCCGGCGCAGAAAAUGUAGCAGAAGUGAAAAAUAUAGAAUCAAAUCAUGCAGCUGCAAAAAAAAAAGAUAAACCCACAGCCUCCCCGACAACACAAGCUGCUAAGAGCCCCAGUGUCAGGUCUGCUAAGCCCAGUUUUCCGGACAGCAGCCCUCUGCACAGCCCAGACUCCAGCUCCAAUAACCUGUCUUCCCCUGCUGGAGUUUCCACAGGAAGUGCUCCCACAACACCAGCCAGGUCGAGCAGUGUCACCCCCGAGCCCUCCAGUGCCGCCCAGUCCUCCGAAAACAGCGACAUCAUGGGAGUCCACAAAAAACAUGUCUCUACUUCGACUCAGAAGGGGAAUUCCAAAAUAAGGCUGUUGGAUGUUUUCGAAAGUCCCAUCCAGCCUAAUCAGGCUAACAAUCCCAAUUCAGCAGGAGCAGCAAAAAAGACGGUGACACUCAAUACAGCCACAGAGAUUGAUUCCUUUUCUUCAGGCUGUAAAGUUUAUGCCAAUAUUGGAGAAAAUACUUAUGACAUUGUCCCAGUGAAGGAGGAUCCAGGGGAGGGAGGCUCUAAAGCCAGUAAAGGGAAGAGGUCAUUGAUGUCAACGCCUUUGAAAACCCUCGAUAAAAUACCAUUGUCCCCGAAAUCCCUCCCAAACAAGAAGAGCAAAACCGAGCUGGAGGAUCACUACGAGCUGAUCAUGGAUGGGAAGACCUUCUACGUGUGCAUCAUCUGCAAGCGGCCCUACGUGUGUCUGACGAGCCUCCGCCGGCACUUCAACACCCACUCGUGGGAAAAGAAGUACCCGUGUCGCUACUGCGACAAAGUCUUUGCCUUGGCCGAGUACAGAACUAAACACGAAAUCCACCACACAGGAGAGAGGAGGUACCAGUGCUUGGUGUGCCAAGAAACAUUCCUGAACUACCAGUUACUGUCAACCCACUGCAAGCAUGUCCACAACCAGGACCCCAGCGGGAGGAAGGAGAAAGACGACACAGACAACAACUUGUACCGCCUGCUGCCGUGCAAAUCGGUGCAGAUGAAGCCGUACUCGUGGGCGACUGAGGGGCCGGGGGUCCCCUGCAUCUCCGAGGACGGCAGCGUGCAUUCCAUAACCACCGGCAGUGAAGACGUCCACUCUUCAACCCAGAGCAGGAUGUUGAACUGGGACGACAUCUUCGUUGAGCCCAAUAGACACAUGCCGCCUGACGCCCACGCUCGUCCAGCGUCGACCGUGGACAACACACCCACACAGGCAGCUUCCGAGUUUGACUUUGUUAUACCAGAGAACUACUGAGCGGGACAUGCUGCUCUGUUACCUGUGCCUUUUAGGUGCCCCACACACGUUGUCUUCUUUGGUUCCAUGUCAACAAUUUUCUUCGUUACUUCUCAAUAGAUUGAACUCAAGGUUCGGCCACAUUUCCGUUUAACAAAAAUGUGUAGUUUAAAUGAACUAAACACAAUAAUGAUGCAGCAUUAAAGGGGCAAAUGGUUGCAGUUGAAGGAAGUUCAAUGGGACCGUCAUUUUUUUCAUAUUCUGCUUUUGUAAUAGCCUUGUUUGUCCCUAUCAUUGGAGUAAAUGAUAAUGACACUAGCAAAAAAAAACAUAGGAGUGAAUCAGUGCGUGUGGUUAAAACAUAACUCAAUAGUUGUAAUAAAGAUCUAAAGCAUACAGCCUCGAAAUCUGUAUCAACACAGAAAUUAAACAUUUAAAUUAUGUUUAUUUGAGCAGAUUUAGAAUCUCAAACUCAAUUUCGAGGAUCAUAUGUCAGAUGUGAGACCAAAUUAUGCGCUAGAGAAAAUUAUCUGAAAUGUAUACUCUCAUUAUGUGAUUGUCGGCGAUCCCACAUCUGGGUCAUGUGGCAGGGAAUAUGCUUUUUUAAUGUUCGUUCUCAGUGGUUGGUGAAUAAUGAGGUUUUAUUCUUUUGUUUGUCAUACUCUUAUUUUGAAGCACCCUGUACAUUGUAAUUUGCUAUUAUGUCAAUGUUUUUUUCCCUAUGUUAGACAUUAUAUUUUGAGGCCAAAUUCUGUCGGCCACUAAACGUUGGCUGGAGAUUUUUGCAUUCGAAUGUGAUGAUUGGAUUCUUUCAGUCCAUGGAAUUAGCACUUAGUGUUGUAACGCGCUGCAUUUGUUUGUUUGAUGUUUUAAUUUUUUCACUCUUAUUUUUGACACUGUCAGAAGGUAGUGAUCGGUCAGUAUGAGUGAGAAAGUAGUGCUAUCGUGUGAAACUCUUUAACUUCCUGUCGCUCAAUAAAACCAUGCAGAUUGUUUUUUUUUACAAAUUAACAUCGGUGUCUGUGAUGUACAGUAUAUAUUUGUGCUAACCUUUUUUUUUAACAGCUUCAGAUUUAUUUAUUAGGUUUAUAGCGUAGAUAAAAUGAAAAUUGUUCUUUAAGACGUUGGUCUGUUGACAUUUUUACAGAAUUUCCCUUUUCUGUCAAUUGGCAAUGAGAAUUAUGUGACAGUAAAUAAAUUAUUUUUAAUUAC